CAGCCACUGCAGUCAAUGCCUGAAGGGGAAGAUUCCUCAGACGAGUGGGAAAGUGAGACUGUAGUAGUGGAAAUCAAUGGUGUUCUAGAUGCAAGAACUAUUCGGCAAGCGGUUGCAUCCAAACAGAUCACACUGCGCAGACAUGAGACAGAUAGUCCAUUGCUGCAGGUCGGAAAUUCCUUGUUUACCGGGAAGUGGUUGCGGACUGUCGGCACUGAUCUGAUUUUACAAGCAGACGGCGGACAGAUAUUGAAGUUAUGUGUUAGCAGCGAGCGAUAA